AAAGCUUAGCCAUGAAAUUGUAGUAAUGGUGGAGAAGAGAAGAGAUAGACCGUUGGAGAAAGACUCGCAUCAUUCUUCCCAUAGGCUCCUCCUUCUUCUUCUUCUGGCUGCGCCUCCUCCUUAAUUACAAUCAGAAUUGAGUUUCUGAAAUUGGAGAGAAUGAGCAGUUCAACGGGUACGCCUAAAUUUAGUCGGAGCCGGUCGCGAUUAGGGAAAUACGAAUUGGGUAAGACCUUAGGAGAGGGCAGUUUUGCAAAGGUCAAGUAUGCCAAGAAUGUACAGACAGGCGAUAGUGUCGCCAUUAAAAUCAUUGACCGCGAUCGCGUUCUCCGCAACAACAUUAUGGAACAGAUUAAAAGAGAAAUAUCAACGAUGAAGUUGAUCAAACAUCCAAAUGUCAUAAGAAUCUUUGAGGUUAUGGCUAGCAAGACGAAGAUCUAUAUUGUCCUCGAAUAUGUUCAUGGAGGAGAGCUUUUUGAUGAAAUUGCUAGACAUGGCAGACUCAAAGAAGAUGAAGCUAGAAGAUACUUUCAACAGCUUAUUAAUGCCGUUGAUUACUGCCACAGCAGAGGCGUUUACCACAGAGACUUGAAGCCUGAGAAUCUGUUGCUGGAUUCAUUUGGUACUCUUAAAGUUUCAGACUUUGGAUUGAGUGCACUUUCCAAACAAGUUCGAGACGAUGGACUGCUUCAUACUGCUUGCGGCACACCAAACUAUGUUGCCCCUGAGGUACUAACUGACAAAGGCUAUGAUGGUACUUCAGCUGAUGUGUGGUCCUGUGGAGUCAUUCUCUUUGUUCUAGUGGCUGGAUACUUGCCUUUUGAUGAACCAAACCUAAAUUCUCUGUACCGAAAAAUCCUGAAGGCUCAUUUUUCACUUCCACCAUGGUUAUCCUCCAGCUCAAAGAAACUGAUCAAGCGUAUUCUUGAUCCAAAUCCACUCACGAGAAUCACUAUCCCAGAGAUCCUUGAAGAUGAUUGGUUCAAGAAAGAUUACAAGCCACCAAAUUUUGAGCAAGAUGAUGAUGUCAAUCUUGAUGACAUUGAUGCCAUUUUCAAUGGCUCAGACGAUCAUCUCAUCACAGAAAGCAAGGAAAAACCUGCUUCUGUCAAUGCGUUCGAGCUCAUUUCAAGGUCAAAGAGUUUCAACCUAGAAAAUUUGUUCGAAAAGCAGGCGGGCCUUAUCAAGAGAGAAACACAAUUUACUUCCAGGUGCCCUGCAAAUGAGAUUAUCUCCAAAAUUGAGGAAACUGCAAAACCUUUGGGUUUCAAUGUCCAGAAGAAAAAUUACAAGAUGAAGUUACAAGGUGACAGAACAGGAAGGAAAGGCCACCUUGCUGUUGCAACAGAGGUGUUUGAAGUGGCUCCGUCGUUGCAUUUAGUUGAGCUCCGGAAAACUGGUGGUGACACAUUAGAGUUUCACAAGUUCUACAAGAACUUCUCUUCGGGAUUAAAAGAUAUCGUCUGGACAUCCGAACAAAGCUCUGAAGAAAAAAGGUCUUAACAAGUGGCUGUUCCACCCCUGUACAGUGGCUAUAAUGUUUCAAUCACCCUGUAGAAUCCAUAGAGAGGAAUUCAUAAGAGCAGACACCUGUAGAUGCAUCAAUGUUCCAUUGUUUCUCUGUCUGAAUUUGAUCCAUAAACACAGUACAAUAGCAAGAUCUGUUGACACUAGUUUCUCAAGAAGAAGCACUCAAAAUGGUGCAUAUGUUUGUACAAUUCAAUACAUAGGGUUCCAUAAGAUCAUACUGACAAGAACUCCAUUGUGUCUACACCAACUGCUGCAGAUAAUAUGUAGGGAACUACUUUCCUAUUUUAAAUUCUAGCUUUUGUUUCCAUCAAA